AUGUCUUCGAAGCUGCGGAACAUAUUUAGUGACCGCGAUCUAGAAAAAGAGAAGCCCAUGGCGAAGUCUCCCAAGAGCAAGGAUCGAGAGAAGGAGGUGGAGAAGGAUAAAGAGAAACGUCGGUACACCCGUCCGUCCCAUGGAAAAAGGACGGGCACGUCAACCAAGGAUCGCGACUCCACCAUGACCACCUCGUCGACCUCGAGCUCUCACACUCGCACUCGCAGAUCAUCCAUGCCGGAAAUCGACAGCAAUGCCAACUCCGCUGCCACAUCGUUCCUCGAGUCAAGAGCCAGCCUUCCGUAUCCGGCCUUCUCGAAAGCGCACAGCAAAGUGGCAUUGUGGGACAAACCCGAACAGUUAAAUAAAGCCGACAUUCCUACUCCCGACCCUACUGACGUUGACAAUUACGAGGAUCGAAAGACAUCAUCGCGGAAUGGGCAUCGUCAUGGCACCCCGCCAAGUCCACCUCUCACUGCUGACCAACGGUCCUCGAGGAAGGGAAGCUCGACAGGCAGCAAACAACACAAAGACAGAGAUAAAGAUGGCAAAACAAAAUCCCGCAAGGACCCAACAAGGUCAACCUCCAGUCUAGGCGCGCAUACUGAAGAUGGCUCGCGAGUGAGCAUGAAAUAUCCUCGUUCCAGUACCCCGGUGAAGAUACGGCUUCGGGAGUCCCCAGUUCCUCAUCGUACUUCUAGCCACAAGACUAUGAAAUCUACAACGCAAAGUGCAGACAUUCCUAAGCGCGCUGCAAGCCAAAACUCCAAAUCACCAGCACAUUCACUCGCCAACAGCAAUGACAAUGCUUCACAAUAUACAACUGAUUCUGAUGCAACUUCAAUUGCCCCGAACCAACCGCAGCCCCCAUCGCAGUUUAAAAGUCGUACACCUCGAAGGAACUCACCUGUAAUCGAAAUAUUUGUUGAAGAGGAUGAAUCUAUUAUUGAUGGAGGAGGACACAAUCAAAAUUCACCUUCACUGCCUCCACCCCCUCCACCCCCUCCACAAAUGCCUAUUGCACCGCCAAGGGUAGAUUAUCUGCUGCAGAAUGGUGGUUUACCAUAUACGGUACCGAAGCGACUUCUUGGAGCUGGGCUGUUAUCGAAUAUGCCACAGCAAUCUGCUAUCGUUCAAGCCUUUGAACCUUACCAUCGCUUGUUAGACGACUAUAAGCAUGUCAUGUCAAAAAAUGGUUCCCUUGCGGUUGCGACAGGCUAUCGAUCUGUAGCUCGGCGGUUGCUGGAUCGGCUAGAAGCGGUUUUUGCACGAGACAUAUCCUCCGAGGCUUGCCAAUGCGUAAUGUGUGAAAGUCACGAGCCAGAUGAGGCAUCACCAGGCGUAAGCUGGGGUGAGGUGUUGGAGCUGGUCUCCGGCCGACGCGAGUUGCCUAAUUGGCCCCCUUUCCAUAUGCCUACGCCAAUGCAGGAACAGGUAGCUCCUGGUGAAGAACAUAUUCCAAUGCAGAAAUUGGACAUCGACGUGCCAGAGCAGUAUCGCGAACACUAUGUGCGACAAUCUCGUAAGACCAAGCAGGCAGUUGACAAAUGGCUACUUGGCCAGACAGAUUUGAACGUGCCUGAAGAGGUGGACGAUGAGACGCUAUCCUUUGCGAUGAUGACAUAUUUAGACACAACACAGCGAGAAAUCUUUUGCGCACUCCUGGACAUAAAGUCAUCGACCCCUGUGCCCAGAAGCACAACACCAGCUCCACGGCCGCGUCCAAGACCUUUGCUUGCAUCGUCACUGGCCAUACAACGCUUGUACCGCCUAGCGGCUCCUGCUCGAGAUUCGGAAACGGCACUCUACAUGUUAAACAAUCCGUCAAUCCAUAACGUGCUCGCAACUCUAGCGGCCAUAAGUGAUGACGAAUGGGAAAUUCUUAUUUCCGGACGCUUUGACGGGUUUCUACGCAGCGGAGCGGAAGACAACUUCGUUCCUUCAAGGUCUGCAAGCCGCGCGGGAACUCCUUUUAUACCCCCUUCCUCGCGAGGACCAACACCUUUCCAAAUGGACCCUAUUACCCGGCCGAUGAGCCAGCCAUACGGUUCGAAUAUUUCAUCAGCUUCGUAUGGCGCUCCGAUUGGGUUGGACGAAGACAACGAGAUUGCCGUGCUCGCAGAGAUUGAGAAGGACAUCUUUCAGAGCAUGGAGGCACUUGAAGAUGCGUUUGAAGCAUUACACUGUAAAGCUGAAGUUGUGCGACGUGCGCUUCGUGAGCGUGGAGCUGGAUUAUCGGUUGCUAACCAAGCCCGCCGAGGUUCUGCGACCAACUUGGACGCUAGACUAGGAACUCCGGCCUCCAUGGCAGGGAGUCUCUGGGAAGGCGGUCUGGAUGAUGAUGAUGGAAUAGACGAUGGGAUGUCCUUGGCGCCAGAUGACUCGGCAAGCAACAUCAGUUCGAAUCGACGACGCCGGCCAAGGCGGCGAAGUGAACGACGAACACCUGCGCCGGUGGAAGAAGAGGAAGAAGAAGACGACGACAAUGAUUACGAUGCCAGACGUACACGCCGCAGAUAG